AUGAAAAGCCGCCGCAAUCAGGUUCCUUACAGCCAAGAUGAGAUCGAAAGUCUCAAGGGCAUUGCUCUCCCCGCCAAAAUCAAGUGCGGUCGCUGCCACAAGAACCUCCCCCAAGCAAAGUUCUCCUCAAAGCAGCUUAACGAUGCCCGUUGGCAGAUCAAGACCUCGAGCCAGAUCUAUAAGCCCAUCAACUGUCACAGCUGUACAGGUCAGCAAGUAGUUGAGGUUGAAUGCACAAUGUGCGGAAAGACAAAGGGUCUCGAGAGUUUUGCAAAGUCUCAACGCCGAAAUCCUGAUACAGCAAAGUGUUUCGCAUGUGUUGAGGGCCAGCUUGCAAAUGAGGCUUUUGACGAGGACAAGUAUGAAGAUCCUGACAAGGCCUUUGUCACUCCAGAUCAUUCCAAUGGCCAGUAUCCCGAGUACUUCACAGCGGCCACUUCAGAUACAUCUUCGUCCUAUGGCGAUGAUGACUGGAAGACUGUCAACGAGAACCACCAGUCAAAUCGUCUCACAGCCAAGGAUGGCGGGAUCAAAUUGUCGGCUGAUUUCCAGCGGGCCAUGUCUAUGAACGGAUCUGCGGAUGAGAACCUGAUUGAUUACGAGUACGCUUACCCCGUCGGCCGUGAAAGGACUAGCAACGACGGCUUGAGCGAAGUUCGCACCAAAUCAUGGCACACCCAGUCCAGCACGGCUCUUACUACCUGCUCAACUUCGACUAUCAAUGCUAAUAGUCCUUCGUAUGCCUCCGCGGCACGCUCGUCUCACUCGUUCACCUCAAAUGUGGCUGAGCGGUCUAGUACUUCUGAGCUUUAUCCUAAAGAUGGGGCUAUGGCCACAGCCGCACCUCGAGGUCCUCUUGUAGAGCCUAUGGGAGAUGCUGCCCGCGAGAAUGGUCCCGUUGUAGACGCGUGGGAUGAUUCUGACGAUUCUGACGACGACGAUGAUUAUGAUGACGAUGAUGAUACUAUCAUUUAG